AUGUACGACAUGGUCGUUUCUCAAAUGGGCGAAAAUACCUCGGCAAAGCUCGCCAUUCCUGUCGAGGUGGUGCCCGAGCCAGAUCUUCGGCCGAAAAUGUAUUCCAUUAUCAGAUGGACGUCUAUCGAGAAACGAGUGAAAAAAGUUCCAAGCAUAGUUUACAAUUUGGUUUCCCUAACGCCUACCAUGGAAGUUUCCUGCACCUUCGAGUCGAACAACACGAGCGAGUUGAGCGUGCAGGAGAGCAACGUUAAGAAAAAUCGAAGAAGGAGGAAGAAUCCGUCGAACAGGGAGAUGGAGGCAACAGGGCAAAAAUCGACGAGCAAGGAGAAUCAAUCUUUGACGAUCGAGAGCAGGGACGCGAAUUUGUGCUUGGCACCGGAAACAAUGGUGGAAGAGCCGUUGAAGCCACGAUGGAUAUUGCUGCCGGGCGAAAGUCAGAGGUUCAAGAUCCGAUUUCAACCGGAAGAGAUAGGCCGCUACGAGGAAACGUACGCCGUGACGAUAGCCGAGGGGAACUGCAUCACUUACGAUAUAAACGUUGUCGGUAUCGCGGACGUGCCGAGGCUCGACAUGAAUCCUGAUACCAUUUUCGCGAAAACCAUGGCCACCAAAUUGCACGUGACAGACAAUUCCGUAUACUUUCACGACACGGGGUUGUACGACUUCGGAUCCCAGCUGCUUUUCCAUCAAGAUCAAAAGCCGCACUAUCGAAAAGCUCGGCUCAAGUUUUGCAACAUUUCCGAAGUGCCCGUGGAAGUUUUCUUCUCCCUUUCCGAAAACGACUGCUUUUCCAUCGAACCACAGAUGCUUUAUAUCGACCAAGGCAAUUGCGCGACAUUGAUCGUGACAUCCGUCGCGAUCAAACUCGGGAUCAUCAAAACGAAGCUGUUACUGUGCAUCACGAACAACCCGAAAGUCGAAAUCCUCGUGCUUCAAAACGAGGGCACCAAAUUGGAUAUCGAACUGGACGGGAAAAAUAUGUUCUUCGGUCGCACUCUGCUCUAUCGAACGGAAUACAGAACGUUGACGAUUAUAAACAAUACUCCGGUGUCGUUCUUCUGGUUCUUGGAAUUCGAGGAAUCCGUCAAUUCUCAAAUAUCGUUCACACCUCACGAGGGAAUGAUCGAUGCCCACAGCAGACGAGAAGUGGAAUUCCAGUACAACGCUAACACGAUCGGCAUGGUGGACAAGAAAAUGAUAAAGUUCAAUGCGUUUCUCGCCAAAGAAGAUUCGGAUGCCGUUUUUACGGAAAUUAUCCUAGUAUCGGGCGAGACUUACGACGUUAUGGUGGACAUCAACGACGCGAAUCCUAUCGAUUUCAAAAGUAUAAAAGCGGAAUUCCCCGCGAAAGCUACGUUCACCAUGAGAAAUCGUGGCAACUAUGAGGUGAAAUACGUAAUAACGUUGCAAGAGAAAGAGAAGCUGAACGAAUUAAAUCUGCCUCGUAAUUUCAAGAAGAACAUCCAAGUCGACCCGUGCAGCGGAACCAUUCCGCCUCAUACGGAGAAAAUCGUAGAGCUGACAUUACAUCCGAAGAUGGAGUUGGUGCUUAAGGAAGUUCCGAUAUUAAUAUGCAAUUUGAUCGACAUGCAGAAGAAACUUACUAUAAUCGCGGAGAUCCCUUUAAAAGUUUCCCUCCUUUCGUUUUACACGAGAUUUCGCAUUCACCCGUUCCCUGUGGUGAACUUUGGAACAAUGUCCAUAUGCACGGAGAAAACGAUGUUCAUUAACAUCGAGAACACGGGGAAAUUUCCAUUGCAUUAUUUCUUUCGAUUGGUGGAACACCCAUCCGUGGUAUACAUGACGAAAUUGUGGCCAUUAGAGGUUGAGAAGAAAAAACCGAUUAUAACCGAGGUGCUAACGAGAAAGAUAAAAAAACCAAUCAAAGGCGUAAAAAAUGACAAAUCUCUCUUGGAACCGGAAAAAAUAAUAUUGGGACCGAUGACGAUAACGAAGCUGGAGGGUAACGUGGACGUUGGUCAAAUGGACAGUAUCGCCAUUAAUUGUUAUCCGGAAUUCGUGGGCUCCCAAGACGAGCAGAUCGUACUCGUCGUUCCCGAUACCAUACCCGAAGACAAAGACGGGAAGAUAAUCACUUUAUCGGUGACCUCGUCCAUCCCUUGCAUCGAUUUUCACAACUUCGACGCGAUAUUUCACGAAAACCACGUGGUCGAAAGAAUUCAAGACUUCGAGUGUUCCAACGAUAUCGGCCCGCACACCGUGUUUGCCCGCCAAGAGAGGUGUCUCUACUUCCAGUACAUCAGCGUGCAGAGUACUCACAUGGCUUGUUUCAAAUUGUUCAAUUACGGCAUAGUCCCCGUGAACAUAAGUAUCGAGCUCAUAGAAGACUCGUUGUUACCCGAUAUGACAAGGUUCAACGUGUUCGUCAUAGAGCCGAUGUACGAACAGAUCCUUCCCAUGAACCACAAAGUGUUCACCGUGUCCUUCACUCCGAGCACCAUAGAGACGUUUCGCGCGAAAUUUCACGCAAGAGUUGUUUUGCCCCCGCAUCUGGAAGGGGACGAGCUGACAGUGAAAUUGAUAGGGGAAUCUUGCGUGCCGGAAGUGACGAUCACGGAGCCGAUCCAUGCGAUACGGGAAACACCUUGCUUGAACUUUCCACGCACGUUGAUCGACGAAGGCACUUGCAAAUAUUUCACAUUGGAGAACGUCGGAUUCAUCAAGGCGAAAGUGAUCGUUGAAAUAAUGGAGGAUCCGAACAACGUGUUCACUUUCUUCCCUUGCCCGGACACGCAGCAUUUGUUGCAAAUUUUGGAAGAGUAUUGCAACGAGCCGUACAAUCGAUGCACCGUGAUACGCUUGGGGAUCAAAGACGUGGCGCGUUUUAAAACAACGUUUGCGCCCGAAAGAAUUGGAAAGUUCUACGGGAAAAUUCGUUUGCACGUGAUCGAUAAUCCUUACGAGAAUCUAACGAUCAAUCUGGAGGGGGAUUGUUACGUGGAGGCGAUCGUGUUGGAAGGUCUUCCCCUCGAUGACAAUAAACUUAGAACCUCGAAUAUGGGCAAUCGAGAAAAUUACAGGCGGAAAUUAACGUCCAGGCAGGCCUCCUUGUUGUCAGAGUCGAACAAUCAGUCGGUGUACUUGCCCUAUCUCACCUAUGUUCUCGACUACGGGCUUUGUUUCGUUAGUAAAAUGUAUAAAAAAACAUUUAAGAUCAUCAACAAAACAACGGACCGAUGGUUCCGUUUCCAAUGGGGUUUGCAUAACCACGUUGUGUUCGAGCCAUCCACUGGACAUGUAAAGUAUCUCACGUUCAAAGAGAUCGUCGUUACUUUCUUGGCAACGGAGCCCAAAAUUCACCAGAACACUCCUAUCGAGUGUUCGAUAUGCGAAAUAUUGGUAGAGAAUCCGGAUGAUGAAAUUGCAUGGGACGACAGGCAAACGGAAGUGCAAUGGAGGAAGAUAUAUCACGAUUCAUCGAUGAAUGACGAUUUGUUGAAGAAGAUCGUGGAACCGACCAUGGAGUCGAUUCACAACAUCGUCCCUGGAACGACGAAAAUUCUUCAACUCCUGUUAAACGCCAACGUUGCGUAUUCGGAAUACUCGUGCAUCGUCGAAGAAAUAUUUUUCAAAGAUACCUUGAUGUAUCAGACCAGGGAGUAUACGUUCACCAUAACGAAUCCAGGUGUCGUGAACACGAUGUACAUAUGGAAGAUAAACAUGGACGAGCAAUACCCGAAGAGAUACCUUGGAGAGAGUUCAAACGUGAAUUCGAGGCAGAAAAUAUCGGAAUCCUCGAGUCACGUUUCGAAAUCGUUCAGGGGAACAUUGUCCGCGAUGAGUCAAAGAAACUAUUACGAGGACGACGUGAGCGCGGACGACUCAAAAUAUUUUUCACAACAAUGCACCUCGUUCAUUACUGACAGCGUGGAUAUGGGGAAAGGGUUGAGCACGACCAGGCCAUCGGAUCUGUUCAGCAGCACCGCCGGAUUGUCGGGAAGAACCACCGACAGUUGGCUGGAAGGCGACGAUUUGCCGUUCGCAAUCCACCCUGAGAUGGGGAUGAUACCGCCCGGAAAAUCCGAGGAAUGUACAUUAAAAUUCUCCCCCAAGGAUGUAUUUUAUUACAAGGCAUACCUUACGUGCAAGAUAGAGAAUCUGAAUCCGCAUCUGCCGAUCUUGAUGAUACCAGUCAUGGCGAGAAGUUUGUUACCGUACUGUCACUUCGACGUGCAGGAGAGCGACUAUGUAUCGAGCGGGAGGCGUGACGCACACCUACCCGGUCCCGUGGGAUACGAAAUAGACGAUCCAGAUCUAUGGCGGAACAUCAGGGUAAUCGAAUUUAAAGUGAUCGGCAUCGGCGAAACCCACGUGAGAAAAUUCCACUUGGUCAAUCCUACCGUGGACGAUUACCAUUUCUCGUGGAAGAAUCGAACCCUUCUUAGCGGGAUCGAGAUAUCGAAUUUUCACUGCACGGUGACCGAGGGCAUCGCUGAACGCGGGAAACGUACCGACAUGUCUUUCACGUUUUUGGCAAGCGAUAUCGGAGUCUUCGAAUCGUUCUGGCUCUUCUCCAUCGAGAGAUACAAUCUGGAAUGCCUUUUCCUGGUCGUCGGCAUCGUGACCGAACCGUUGGUGUACUGUUUGAUGGCACACGUGAAACUGAAGCCGACAAUCUUGGGAUUCAACGUGAGAGAAUCGAUAAAAUUUCUGAACAACGAGAAUUUCCACAUACCGUUCAGAGUGUUGGAAGAAUCCCUUUACUCGGAGGGUAAAUUUCAAAAACUCAGCAUCACCCCAAUGACAGGAACCUUCGUGUCGAAGUGCGAACAGCAUCUCUGGAUCGAGUACUAUCCAACCCGGGUCGGUGAAUUCAAAUUUUACAUUCAGUGCGCCGUGAAGCUGAUGAAAAAACCGAUUACCAUAUUAGUGAUCGCCUCCGUUUACGAUAUAUCACUCUCGGUUUCCUAUUGCUUAAACGACGAAAUCGUGACAGCUGUUAAGAAUAAGGAGAACGUUAUCGACUUUGGCAAGAUAAUACCCGAAAUACCGAUCACCGUCAAAUUCGACAUAAAGAAUACCUGCAAAGUGGCGUUCUAUUACUCUUGGGAGCUCGGCAUCACGCCAGAAAUUAUGUUCAGAAAUUCGUACACCAUAACGGUGUCUCAGAAACAAGGUCAUCUAACCAGCGAGAAUCAAUGUAGCUGUUAUUUAACUUUGACAACAUUUCAGAAAAUUCACAUAAAAGAUCAUUGCGUUUUGCUGAAAAUUUCCAACGGCGUAUUUUAUAAAUUUAUACUGAAAGCGUUCUCCAAGAAGCCUGCUAUCGAAUUCAGUUUCAAUCGUUACGAUUUUGGAUAUUGUUACAUUCAGGAGAACGAAUUAAUUUCAUACAAGACGGAGCUUACCGUGACAAAUACCGAAGACGUAUCAUACGUACUCGAAUGCAAGUACGAGAACAAACCCUACCUCUCCAUCGAUUUGAAUUUCAUGUCUGAAGCGUUGGCCGCCCAUUCUAAGAUCACCAUACCGAUCAUUUUUCGACCGCUUAAGGAGAUAAAGUACCACGAAUGUUUGGUAUUUGUGAUCAACUCGUUUCACGAGAGGAAAGUAACGAUUACAGGCGAGGGGAUCACCUAUAAAAUCUAUUUAAUGAAUUCUCGGGACAAAAUUAUCGAUCUUGGUAACAUUCUUCCUAUGAAAGUGGUGGUGAAGAAGAUCCCGGUGGUGAACAAGGGCUUGGCAUCGGUCAAAGUGAAAUUCGGGGUGAUGCACUAUCUGGGUGGUUAUGACGAUUACUACGAAAACCUAGGUUAUUGUCACUUGAAGCGGGAUAUCCCUAUUCUAGCUAAAGCGUCCAUCAUGGAGACCAAGCGUUCCUGGACCAUCGACAGUGUGUUGGACACCAUAGAACCGAAACUUUACGAAGUUUUGAAGAUCAAGCCGUCGACCAAUGUUAUUCUGAAACCGAAUAAGAGUCUCAACGUGAUGAUCUUCUUCAAACCCACGGCCAGGGUAAGGCCGUUCUCGAUUAAGAUCGCUCUUCAAACGAAUUCGAACAUUAUACCGUUGUUCUUGGUUCGUGGAAGCUGCACAGGAACGGAAUUUCGCUUAAACAGGACCAGUAUUUUCUUCGGAACGGUGAUUCAGAAUUGUAUCGAAGAAUCUAAGGUGAUUCUGAUGAACACCGGCGAUCUGGGAUCAAGAUUCAAAUGGAACGUAGAGAAAUUGCCGAAGGAUUUCCAAAUCAUCCCUAUGUCCGGUUACUGCUCGGUCGACACGCAUAUCGUUUUCGUGGUGAAGUUCCAACCUUUCGAGCAGAAAAACAUAAUCGAGGGUGAGGCAUUUCUAGAAAUCGAAAAACACAAAUCUCUGAGCAUUAAAAUAUCAGGAGCGUGUUGCAAAUUGCCAGAUCCCACAGACACGAUCAAUUUCGAGUCGUUCGUACGGGAAAAGCAAACCCGAUCCGUGAUCAUAAUGAACGACUCGAACGCCCCCUGGAAACUGAAGAUCGAAGUGACCGGCGAUUAUUUCUCCGCUGACCAAUUCCUGCAAGUCCCUCCACUGCAAAUGGCUCCUUGCGUCGUCACUUACGCGCCCCUCGUCAUGAACACCGAGAAGACGCUGCACACGGGAUCAUUGGCAUUGAAAUGUCCGGAGGAAAACGUGUAUUUGAUAUACGCCCUUCGUGGAAGAAGCUUGCCUCCCCAGAUUUUGGAGAAUAUUAUUCGUCGGAUCCCCGCUAAAACGAAAUACACCGAACUUUUGCCUGUCUACAAUUGGUUGGACAGACAGCAGCGAUUUUAUUGUAAGAUCGAAUUGCUGGAAGAUUAUGAUCAUGAUGCUGAGGUUCCUAUAUAUAGUUUCGUAGGAAACGAGAAAUUCGACGUUCCAGCGAACGGUCAACGAGACUAUCACGCCGUGUUUCAUUGCUACGAGAAGUGGAAUUUUCAUUUUAAGAUAACGUUUACCAACGACGAGCAAGAAUAUCAAUUCUACGAGAUAGAGUACGAGGUAACCGAACCGGAAGUGAUGGAAUCGAUUAAAUUGACAACAACGGUUCGAUCCGAGAUUUGUUACCCCUUGAAAUUCGAAAAUCCUUUGAACUAUGUAAUUAGACUUAAUGCGCAUUGUUUCAAUCCAUUUGUUAUCGUCAAAGUACCAAGAUUAAUGCCGCCACAAUCGUGCGAAUAUAUUUCUAUUUAUUUUAAUCCUCUGCUGCCGUGCGACGAGUCUGUCAUUCUGAAUAUCAAUUCCACUUAUAUGGGCCUGUUCCCGUACGAAUUGCAAUUGAAAGGCGUUUCAGCGCCUCCGGAGAAUGUCACACGUGUUAACGCUUAUUUGGGAAAUAUUACCGAGUUUACGCUCAUUCUGAAAAAUUUAACCAAAGAGUUUGCCCAAUUUGUAAUACAAGUGGAUAACAAUUGUUUCACGUGUCCAGAAAUUGUCGAGGUUAACGUAGAAGACGUGUAUAUGCUCAAGGUAAUUUUCGAGCCGUACGACGUUGAAAAUGUGUCCGCCACGUUGACAGCAUCCUCGAUCACUGCUGGAGAAUUCAUAUUUCCGUUGAUCGGUUCGUGCUCCCUGCCAAAGCCAAUGGGUCCUUACAUAAUCACUCGAACCUCUUUUGCUAGUAUUUCUUUCAAAAAUGUCUUCAGAAAAGCAAAGACCUUCAAUUUUAUCGUCGACGAGCCUGAUAGUUUCACGGUGAGCACGUCAUCGAUCACUUUGAAUUCAAAACAGAGUAUCGUUGUUAAUGUGAAUAUUAAGGAGACCGAGCAAUACAAAGAAGAAAAAUUUCAGGAAGAAAAGUAUCCUGUUACUGGAAAAUUAAUAGUGUACUGCACUGAUCCGGAAUUUUCUCACAUUAACUGGGUGUAUUAUUUGAGAGGAAUAUUCGAAUGA